GACCAGGUGCUUCAAGCGAGGGAAAUAUAUUUAAAACAUAGGGAAGAAGGAGAGGAUGCGUGGAAAGAGACAGCUACCAUCAUACUUGGCAAUCUACAUGAAAGGACUUACACAAAGAAGAGCCUAUCAUUGGUUCUGAGCGUAGCCUCUCAUGAAGAAGACGUUUUCUUUCAAAUUGAAAGGUUGUUUGAACUGUGGAAUUCCCGAAAUUCUAUGAAGGACUUUCCUCAACAGAUUUUCAAAAACAUCCCAUGCGUCGAGGGGCCCAAAAUAUGCCAGUAUUUAAGGCGCGUGGAACAAUUGAAGGACAUAAAGACGGUGGCAGAGGAGAUCUCAAAGGACAGAAAGAAAAGAAUACUGGAACAGGUCUUUACAAGCAGGACUGGCUGCCAAACAUGGGAGGAGGCUUCAGAGAGAUAUGCCCUCCAUGCAGAAAAAAUGGAAGAAUUCUUGGAUUCCAUCAAAGUCAGCCAGAGACUAGUUCCCACUGAUUUCAUAAAAUUUUGCGAUGAGGCAGUCCGGCAAGAGGUACCGGUAGACCUUAACACAGUUGUUACCGUCAAUGUUUCCGUAGAGCUGAACGAAAAACAGAGAGAGUAUUUAGAUCAGGAAAAGAGAAAAUUUGAAAUGAAAAUAUGUAAAGGUCUUAAAAAACUAAAAACUGCGGCUGAGGAAUAAUAAAAUAUAUCAUCGUACUCACCCAUUAUAUGUCUG